CUCCCCUGCAACGUAUGACCUGUCUCUGGCCUUGCCGUGCGGCGCGUUGCGGCUGGUUGUCUGUGCUUCUUGCUGGGCUGUAGGACUUGAUUAACGGUAACUAGCUGGUGUUUCUGACCGACUAGUCGGCUUGUAAAACUGGGAGCCGUUACAGCGCAGCGGAGCCACGAUGCUGAAAUGUAGGACCGUAUGGAAGAAGCUUGCACCUCUUGCUAGAAGCUCCUCGACUGUGUGCCGGCAGAAUGUGAGGAGAACAGUGUUAAACAAUGGCAGAACACCAACAUGUGUACCGGCGGCCAACAUGUCCACCGGGCCGGGAGGUCUGGGUGGAGACAACUUGAAGUACGUCGUCAUGGUUGGAGCAGCUUGCGUUGGUAGCCUGACAUAUGCGUACUUCUUGUUGAAAGGAGACCAAAAAAGAUAUCAGGAGCGUAUGGAAGAAAUUAUGACGAGAUCACAGAGAGCAGCCACAGAAGAACCAGCCGCAACCAUUCAGUCAGAGCCACCUGCUGUGGAAGCCACAAAGACGCAAGCUGUCCCUGAGCCGGUACCUGAAGCAGCACCUUCACUAGAGAAGUCGAGCCCUCCAGCCCCUGAGACUGAAGCAGCAGUCGCCAGUGAAACAACUGCACCACCUCCAGCAGAUGAGCCGGUGGUAGAAGCACCACCAGAAGAGGCAGCAACACCACUUGCUGCACCUGUAGUUGAGGAGGCAGCAGACUCCACCCCUGCCUCUCUCAAGGUACCCGCACACACCCCCUACCUCCUGAUUGGUGGAGGCACUGCCUCCUUCGCCGCUGCCCGGUCUAUUCGAGCCAGAGACCCCGGUGCCAGGGUACUGAUUGUGACUGAAGAGCCAGACCUUCCAUACAUGAGACCACCUCUUUCAAAAGAGCUGUGGUUCUCUGAUGAUCCCAGUGUGACUGAAACGCUGCGUUUCAAACAAUGGAACGGAAAAGAAAGAAGUAUCUACUUUCAGCCCCCGUCAUUCUACAUUAAUCCAGAAGAAUUGGCAAGUGCAGAAAAUGGGGGAGUGGCUGUUCUUGCUGGCAAAAAGGUGGUACACAUGGAUGUGAGGGGAAACAAAGUGAAACUGGAUGAUGAUACUGAGAUUUCAUAUGACAAGUGUUUGAUUGCUACAGGCGGAGUGCCAAGAAAUCUACAGGUCAUCGAAAGAGCCGGAGAGGAGGUGAUGAAGAAGACCACUUUGUUCCGCAAGAUUGAGGAUUUCAAAUCACUUGACAAAGUCUCCAGAAACGUACAGUCCAUCACAAUCAUCGGAGGCGGUUUCUUGGGCAGCGAGCUGGCCUGCGCCCUCGGCAGGAGAUCAAAUGAGUCCAGCCUGGAGGUGAUACAGAUGUUCCCUGAGAAGGGUAACAUGGGAAAAGUGCUGCCUGAGUAUCUGAGCAACUGGACAACAGAAAAAGUCAAGAAAGAGGGUGUAAAAGUCAUCUCCGAAGCGUUGGUGAAAUCUGUGACUUGCAAAGACGAUAAAUUAGAAAUCCACCUGAAGGACGGCCGAUUGGUGAAAACCGAUCACAUUGUUGCAGCAGUUGGCCUGGAGCCUAAUGUUGAUCUUGCUAAGUCAGCCGGUCUGGAGGUGGACUCUGACUUUGGUGGUUUUCGGGUCAAUGCAGAGCUGCAAGCUCGGUCCAAUAUUUGGGUGGCAGGAGAUGCUGCUUGUUUCUACGACAUCAGACUCGGCCGCAGACGAGUGGAGCACCACGAUCACGCCGUCGUGAGUGGUCGACUAGCAGGGGAGAACAUGACGGGAGCCAACAAACCCUACUGGCAUCAGUCUAUGUUCUGGAGUGACCUGGGUCCUGAUGUAGGCUACGAGGCCAUCGGCAUCGUUGACAGCAGUCUACCAACAGUAGGUGUAUUUGCCAAAGCCACUGCCAAGGACACACCUAAAGCUGCUACGGAGAAGUCAGGUACUGGGAUCCGCUCGGAAAGUGAAACGGAGGACACAGCCACCAGCCCAGAGGCCUCUGUAACACCUGCUCCUCCUGUGACGCACAAAGACGACUAUGGCAAAGGAGUCAUCUUCUACCUGAGAGACAAAGUGGUGGUGGGCAUUAUCCUGUGGAAUGUAUUCAACAGAAUGCCCAUCGCAAGGAAGAUCAUCAAGGAUGGAGAGGAACAUGCAGAUCUGAACGAAGUGGCCAAGCUGUUCAACAUUCAUGAGGAUUAGGAUGGCGGAGGCUCAUGGGAGGGAGUUACUCUUCAUGUGAACUCUGGCAGUCAUUGCCACUUUCUUUAAGACACAACUGGUCAUGCAUACCAAAUGGGAGGAUCGAUGUAACUUAUGUCACGUCGCUGAAAUAUUUUCAUAUUUGGAAUUUGUAUCUGCUGCGCUUUUUUUUGUUUGUUUGUUUUUUCUUCAAGAAAAAUCAUUCUCAUCUUCCUGCCACCACAAACUUGUGUGAUUGUCCAUCUGCCUUCCCUUCCAACAGGCUGAAAAUGUUGUACAUUGAUUCUUGUUUCCCUCUGUGUGAUCAGAGCAGCUUGUUCUGAGAAAAGCUGCAAUAAAAGCUAUUUUUAAAUUGGAGUGAACACAAUAUUUUCAGUUUUGCCUCUAGAUAAUAGCACUGAGUGAUAUUGACCUUCAUUCUGAGCUGUGAUUGUUGUUAAAGUCUGUGUAGUUGAGCUCAUCUGUCCUGAAGCAUAAUGUGUACUGCUUGGAAGAUUAACUCUGGUCAUACAUGUGAACUGUAGUGAUUGGACAUGGAAACUGAGUGAGUCAAAGGUCUAACCUCAGCUUAAAGCACUUAUUGUUAGUGUAAAUGGGGACAAGCAGGCUUGUAUAAAAGACACCUGACGAGUUCAUUUCACACUGUGUGGAAGUAUGAUCAAAUUAAGUAAAUCCAAUGUGCAAUCCAACAAAAUAACAUUAAAAUGAAGCUUGGCCUACUUAUCCUGUCCGGAGGUAGAAAUGCGCAAGCAUGCAGAAAUUCUUUUUCUUACUCAAGGCUUCUUGUUAUUAGGAAUGCAUUCAUGUUUUAUACUCUCACACAUUUCUUAUCUUAUUUGACACUGUGGGCUCCAGAGCGAAGUGUGGAAUGGCCUUUCAAGUGUGAGGCAAACACGUGCAGCCAUAACGUCCCAUCGCUUUCUUUGACAUUAAUUUUACAUGAGUAAAUGGCUGAACUGCCUUCCCCCUCUGUAUGGAGGAAUAAACAUGAGCUUCCACAUUUAUAUUUCAAUUUGUCUGGCGAUUUGAAGAUGAAAUAAUUAGACCAGAAACUUUCGACAGUGGCGCUAAACGUGACCUCUGGCUGUUUACUGACACUUAAAGAGAUGUGUUACAUUUUAAUUAAUAGAAAUUAAACGCCUUCAUCUCAUUCCUCCUUUGCAUGCGCCAACAAUCUUGCCAACUUUGUGGUUUACCUUUCUUCUCUCUCCCUGUCUCUUGUAUUUGCAUCCUAUUGUUGGAUGCUUUGAUUGUGUGUUCUCACCAAUGGAUGCGAUUUAGUCUUGAUUUAAAGGAUAAGAUCAAUCUCCAAGGUGUCUUGAUAGAUGCAGAGAAGAUGUUGCGGCCACUUUAAUGUAAAGUUUGUGAACGCUUUUAUUUUGAUGCAGGAAUAGUUAUUGAAAUACAGAAUUUAUUUCACUUA